GUCGUGACUUGUACGGUGCGUCAUUUCCAUGACAACCGUUGAGGCUUUGAUCGACAAAAACAACGAAACAUGGAUGAUGAUCAGAGUGCUGAAGAGACUGCCUUCGUGGUGGAAGAAGUGAGCGGCAUCGUUAAAGAGAAUUUUGAUGUUCGCCUGUCGUGAGAUGAUUGGACACAGGUUUAGCAUGUCUGAGCUGACGGUGUGAUGAUGUGUCAGUCUCUCGAGGGCGUGAUCGGGCGCAGCAGCUACGAGCACAAGCGUGUGAGUCAGUGGACGUCCAGCGUGGUGGAGCAGUGCCUCGCUCAGCUCAGCAAACUGGGCAAACCCUUCAAAUACAUCGUCACCUGCAUCAUCAUGCAGAAGAACGGCGCCGGACUGCAGUCGGCCUCCUCCUGCUUCUGGGACACCACCACAGACGGCAGCUGCACCGUCAGAUGGGAAAAUAAACACUUGUACUGCAUCGUCAGUGUGUUCGGACUCGCCAUUUAGGCGCAAAACUGCCAGACGUGUUCAACUUUCAGUAUUCCUGCCUUAUAUGAAGUCAAAACCCUUUCUGUACAAUAAAAGCACACAAAUCCACAUCUUAAAAA